UUGUUUGGUACCAGGGUAUUUGCAGGGAUGGGAGAGUAUUAUCCCGGCCCAUUUCCCAAACCCCGCUAAUCCCCGAAAGCCCAUUUGGUAGAGGAGUUUUGGGCCGAAAAAUCCCCGCCUAUCCCCGAUUAACCCCGUCCCCGACCUAUUUUUUGCCUUGGGCCGAAUCCCGGACCUGGACCUCGCGUAUUAUCCCCGUCCCCGACUCCAAGUCUUCGUCUCCAAACCCUAUCGAACGACCGGCGGCGAGCGACCGGAGGCAAGCGACCGGCGGCGAGCGACCGGAGGCGAGCGGAGCCGCUGCGGGAGAGGCGGAGCAUCUUGCCGGCGAGAGGGGCGGAGCAUCUUCGCGGCGGGAGAGGAUGGAUCCCGCCUAGCCGCUCCCACAUCAGGUCGCCGCCGUUCUUGCAGUCUGACCGGCGCCGCCACUACUGCUGUUUCGAUCUCCGGGAGCAGGUCAGCAAGCUUGGGUUUGGAGUUGGCGCCACCGUCUCGAGCAAGGGUUGGGCUUGAGCUGGGCGACAGGAGCACGCACCUGGUUCGAGACAGGAACAGUCUGGCAUUCUCUCCGACUAAUUCAUUCAGUGGAGAGCUCCCACCUUCUUGGGAUCGUGUAACAACACCAAAAUUCGGUUGUCAUGGACUUGCGGAGUGUAGAACGUGUUAGGAAGAGGAAAAACGAAGAUGAAGAGUUUAUGUUUGUCAUUUUGCCUGCAUUGUACUUCCACUUGACAUGGCAAAAUCAAAGACAGCAAAGACACCUUUCGUUUGUAUAUGGCAAGGAGCAUGUCAGAGAAUUGCUUGGAGGACACCUCAAGAACUGCUUAGCUGCCUUUAGGAUGGAGCCGAACAUUUUCAUGUGGUUGGCAUCAUAUCUUAGAGAGGAGGGAUUGAUUUUAGAUUCUAGGAUCAAGGUGGAAGAGAAGCUCGCGUUUUUCUUGUACAUGCUCUCCCACAAUGCUUCAUAUGAAAAAAUGCAAUUAGAGUUUAAGCAUAGUGGUUGGAGUUUCAGCAAGUAUGUCACGGAGUUUUUCGAUAUUAUUCCAACCUUGACAACAAGAAUCGUCAAGCCUCUCAAUCUCUAUGAAACUCAUCCAAGGAUAGCUACAGACCGCCGCUUCUUCCCAUACUUCCAGAAUUGCAUUGGUGCUAUCGAUGGGUCCCAUGUGCCAGUUACAAGAACACCUAGCCGUGCUUCUCCAUGGAGAAAUAGAAAAGGCACCCUCAGCCAGAAUUCAAUGUUCACAUGUGACUUUGACCUCAAUGUAACCUAUAUUUCCUGCGGCUGGGAAGGGUCGGCUAGUGAUGCUAGGGUGCUGAAUUCUGCCAUUCAAAGAGGUUUCACUGUCCCUGCUGGAAAAUUUUAUCUAGUUGAUGGUGGCUAUGGCAACACCCAAUUCUUUCUUGCACCUUACCGAGGGGUUAGGUACCAUCUGAAGGAAUUUGGACGUGGUCGUCGGCGUCCACAAAACUAUAUGGAGUUGUUUAACCAUCGCCAUGCUGUCCUUAGAAACUGUAUUGAGAGGCUUUUGGGAAUUCUGAAAAAACGUUUUCCUAUCCUUAAAGUUGGUACAUUCCACAAAAUAUGGAAUCAAGUUAGGAUACCAGCCGCUGCAGCCAUAUUCCACAAUAUCAUCAGACAACACAAUGGUGAUGAAGACUGGCUUGAAGACCAAGAGGAUAACAUAAACCCAGAAAAUUUUGUGGAUCUCCCUGACGGUGAUGAUGAGGUACAACAGGAAGAUGUUGUACAGCUCCCGGGCAACCACGUGUUAGGCAACAAUUUGAGGGAUCAGAUCGCUAUGCAAAUGUGGAAUGACUACCAAGCAGGAAACAAUGCAAAUGUGGAAUAGCUAGUUGUGUGUUUCUUAAUCUUCUAGUCUUGUGUUGUAAUGAUACACUAUUCAUGUUCUAGUCUUAUGUUGUAAUGGUGCACUAUUUGUGUUUAAUUUCUUCUAAUAAUGAACUUGGUGAUACGCUUUU